CUAAUUUUCUUUAACGAGCUUCGGUCACUCUACACAUUAGUUGCACGCUUUUGGGGCUCCAAUAUAAAUAAAAACAAACCCAAUAAUGGAGCAAACAAAGCCAUUCUACGAUUUAAGCAUUCCCUACAACACGGACGACUCGAAGAUGCGGGCUCUGCUUAACGAGCUCGUGGAAUUGGGCUACAAAACCAUCGCAAUCGAUCAGAGUUUCGAUCACAGUAAAAAGGAGAACGGCAAACGGGGAUCUGAUAUGUUUCCCGAGCCCCAGAAGAUCGAGCAUUUGCGCAAGGAGUUCCAGGACAAACUGAGGAUCCUGCAGAGAAUUACCGUUCUCUACGUGGACGUCAAUGUGGCGCAUGCGAUGAGUGUUUCCCUAAACCUCCGAAAGUUUAAUCUAAUUGCUGGUCAGCCCAAAACAGAUGCCGCCCUAACGCACUGCUGCACCACCUUCAAUGGAGACCUAAUAAGCUUUGAUCCUGUGGCUGGAUCACGUCUUUUAGUCAAUCGGAAAGCCUACCAGGUGGCCGUGCGUCGGGGCAUGUUCUUCGAGAUUAAAUACGCCCCAGCUAUAGUCGAUUCGAAUAACAGGAAGGACAUGAUUAAAAUCGCCCAGAACUAUUGCACCAAAGGGAAGUCGAAGAACAUAAUAUUCAGCAGCGGAGCGACGCACGAAUUCCAGCUGAGAGGAUCCUACGAUGUGGCCAAUCUGGCCUUCAUUUUCGGAUUAUCGGAGGACCAAGGCAAGAACGCUGUGGAUCGGCAUUGCCGGCAACUUUUUUUGAAGGCGGAGUCUCGACGCCUGGGGAAAACCAUCAUGUUUGUAAAAGGAAAUGGACCUGUUGUAUUCUCAGACAGUUCAGAGGACGACCACAGCGAUGAAGACGAGGAAAUGGAGGGUCUGAAAACGCACGUAAAAGACUAUAGUGAAUCGGAACUUAUAAAUGAAAAAAACCCACCCAAUAAACGACUGAAAAUGGCGUAGCACCAAAUAUUAAA